AUGCCUGACGACGCCUCUAAAGGUGCUCAAUCGGCGAAUAUGGCGGAUGGGGAUGGAUCGCAUCUCAGAGAUUCCGAUGCUUAUAUUCGGAGGAGGAUAGAUGAUGAUGAUAAUGAUGAUGAUGCCGGGUUUCCGUCGACCUCUGUACCGGAACGCUCGCCGGUCACCUCCCCCCAGAGCUUUACACCCAGAUCCCUUCUAGUUGGCCUCAUUAUCGGCGCUCUCAUCACGUUUUCGAACACAUACUUUGGGUUGCAGACAGGGUGGAUUAGUACAAUGGCAAUGCCGUCGGCAUUGAUAGGGUUUUCAGUCUUCAAAGUGCUCUCCAAACAUCUUUCUUAUCCGUUUACCCCCAUUGAGAAUGUCCUCAUUCAGACGGUGGCGGGGGCGGUUGGAACAAUGCCAUUAGGUUGUGGCUUUGUUGGUGUUAUACCUGCAUUGGAGUUUCUUCUAAGGGAUGGUGAAGAUGGGCCUCUGGCGACGGAGGCAUCGGGGAAGCUGGUUAUCUGGAGUCUUGGGGUAUGCUUGUUCGGUGUUGUCUUUGCCGUUCCCUUGAGAAAAGAGGUUAUUGUUCGCGAGAAGCUCAAGUUUCCUAGCGGUACAGCAUCUGCGCUGAUGCUGAGGGUCCUUCAUGGAAGCGGACAGAGCGAUGAGAAAGUAAAGGGCAGGAUGAGUGAUGAUAGGGGUGUGGGGAGAGAUGAAGAAGAGGAGGCACCUAUUAUUUCUCGUGUAUCCGAGGAGAGUGGUGCGCUACUGAGGAAACCUACCCAAGAAGAGGAGAACAGUGACAAAAAGGACUGGAGGUCCAAGAUGCGCCUCUUGGUUGGCGCGUUCGUAGUCUCCGGUGUUUAUACAUUGUUCUCAUACUUUGUCCCUCAAGUCCGUGAUAUUCCCAUUUUCGGACUUUCGUUGGCGCAUAAUUGGUUAUGGACUCUCAACCCAUCACCAGCAUAUAUCGGACAAGGAAUUAUCAUGGGUCCUUCUACCUGCAUGCAUAUGCUCUUUGGUGCAGUGUUAGGCUGGGGUAUUUUGUCCCCCUUUGCGAAAGCCCGCGGUUGGGCUCCUGGCCCUGUGGAUAGCUGGGAGGAUGGAAGCAAGGCCUGGAUUGUAUGGGUUUCUCUGGCAAUCAUGCUCGCUGACUCGAUCUCGUCUUUGGCGUCGGGUUUCCCCGCAGGCUCAGCGGAAGCUCAUCGCCAUGAUUAUAUCAGCUACUCGGCACUGAGCCCUAUCUCGGAAGAAUCCUCUAUACCAAGCCAUCUCCCUGCUUUGCUGGCUGGAAGGCGCACUGAAACUGUUGAUGAGGAAGAUGCCCCUCCAUCUCAACUUAUCUCCACAAGAACCGUGAUCAUCUUGCUGCCGCUGACACUGAUAUUGAACGUUAUUUGCAUGCACUUCGUCUUUGGUGACGUCAUAUCUCCACUACUCUCCAGCCUUGCAACAUUGCUGGCUGUUGUCCUGUCUGUAAUGGGUGUGCGCGCCCUCGGUGAGACAGACCUGAACCCAGUAUCUGGGAUAAGCAAAUUAACGCAACUGCUUUUCUCCCUCGCAACCCCCGCCUCUCACUUUUCCCGGCGCACUGCGUUAGUCACCAACCUUCUUGCUGGUGCAGUAUCCGAAUCCGGUGCCCUACAGGCCGGGGAUAUGAUGCAAGAUUUGAAGACUGGCCACUUACUGGGUGCAAGCCCCAAGGCCCAGUUCUACGGUCAAAUGAUCGGCAGUCUAGUUGGCGCCGUAUUAUCAACAGCAGUGUACAAGAUGUACGUGAACGUCUACGAGGUCCCAGGUCCCAUGUUCCAGACCCCAACAGCAUACGUCUGGAUCUUCACAGCCCGCCUGGUCACAGGUCAAGGUCUCCCCCCAAUGGCAUGGGAAGCAGCCUCGAUAGCCGGGGCAAUUUUCGUUGUCGUUACUAUUCUCCGUAUCGUCGGUACGUCCAGCAUCGCCAACGGCGGUAAACGCGACGCAACAGCCUGGUGGCGAUCAUAUAUCCCGGGCGGUAUCGCCGUCGCCGUCGGCAUUUUCAACGUCCCCUCAUUUACCCUCGCCAGAGCCAUUGGCGGACUGAUCGCCUGGUGGUGGUCUCGAAAGCACGCCAAGGCCCAGGAUCCUGAACCUCCCACUCAGCUAGCCAACGAGGGACAACCCCAAGGCAACGCCCAGGAGGCAGAUACCAGAACCCCCGCGGCAGGACCCGCACCCGGACAAGCUAUCAAAGACGCCGAUGCUGCAUCCUCAACCGUCGUGGUUCUGGCCUCCGGUUUGAUCCUAGGUGAAGGUAUCAUUAGCAUCGUUAAUCUUCUUCUGGCAAGUGGAGGUGUCCCGCAUCUUUAG